AAGCGUGCAAGUAGUGAGAAGAAAGGUCGCAUUACGAAUACAAGGCGACUAAAUUGACAGUUUACUAGACCGCGUUAAUGCACGUGUUUUUAUGUUCGUCCGUUGUAAAUACAAAUAAAAGCAUUUACCAAAGCAAAGUUAAGAAACAAGCUCCAUGCUCUCUUAAACUCCAUUGAAAUUAGGCGACUCGUGAUUUAAAAAGCUGUCGGAAUGGAUCCGUUGUUAUAUUUAGGUGGGUUAGUUGUUUUGUUUUUGUUAUGGAUUAAAGUAAAGGGCUUGGAGUACGUGAUAGUACACCAGAGAUGGAUCUUUGUUUGCCUCUUUCUCCUCCCCUUAUCCGUGAUAUUUGAUGUGUACUAUUACCUGCGCGCGUGGAUCAUCUUCAAGAUGUGCUCAGCGCCCAAACAGCACGACCAGCGAGUCAGAGACAUCCAGAGACAGGUGCGAGAAUGGAAAAAAGAGGGGGGAAAGAAGAAAUAUAUGUGCACAGGUCGUCCAGGAUGGUUGACUGUGUCCCUCAGGGUCGGAAAAUACAAGAAGACGCACAAAAACAUCAUGAUUAACAUGAUGGACAUCCUGGAGGUGGACACAAAACGGCAGGUGGUGCGUGUUGAACCUUUAGCUAACAUGGGUCAGGUGACCGCUCUGCUCAACUCUAUUGGCUGGACACUGCCUGUGUUGCCUGAACUUGAUGACCUCACAGUUGGUGGGCUGGUAAUGGGAACAGGCAUUGAGUCUUCAUCUCACAUCUACGGCCUGUUCCAACACAUUUGUGUGGCCUUUGAGCUGGUGUUGGCUGAUGGUAGUCUGGUCCGCUGCACUGAGAAAGAAAACUCUGACCUGUUCUAUGCCGUUCCUUGGUCCUGCGGGACUCUGGGGUUUCUGGUUGCGGCGGAGAUCCGGAUAAUCCCAGCUCAAAAAUGGGUGAAGCUUUGUUACGAGCCUGUACGAGGCUUGGAUGCUAUUUGCAAGAAGUUUGCAGAGGAAUCAGCCAAUAAGGAGAACCAGUUUGUGGAGGGACUGCAGUACUCUCGGGACGAGGCUGUGAUUAUGACGGGCACCAUGACAGAUUAUGCAGAGCCUGACAAGACUAACUGUAUAGGUUACUAUUUCAAGCCGUGGUUCUUUCGGCAUGUGGAGGGUUUCCUCAAGCAGAACCGUGUAGCAGUGGAGUACAUCCCUCUCCGGCACUACUACCACAGACACACUCGCAGCAUUUUCUGGGAACUACAAGACAUCAUUCCGUUUGGGAAUAACCCGUUGUUCAGGUAUGUGUUCGGCUGGAUGGUUCCUCCUAAGAUCUCUCUGCUGAAGCUCACACAGGGAGAGACCAUCCGCAAACUGUACGAGCAGCACCAUGUGGUGCAGGACAUGCUGGUCCCCAUGAAACACAUCAAGACCUCCAUCCUACGCUUCCACGAGGACAUAAACGUGUAUCCUCUGUGGCUGUGUCCCUUCAUGCUGCCCAAUCAGCCGGGAAUGGUGCAUCCUAAAGGAAAUGAAGAUGAGCUGUAUGUUGAUAUCGGAGCAUAUGGGGAGCCCCAAGUCAAACAUUUUGAAGCCAAAUCAUCCACGCGCCAGCUGGAGAAGUUUGUUAGAGAGGUUCACGGAUUCCAGAUGCUGUAUGCUGAUGUAUACAUGGAACGACAGGAAUUCUGGGAGAUGUUCGAUGGAACACUGUAUCAUAAACUCAGAGAGCAGCUCGACUGUAAAGAUGCAUUUCCUGAAGUAUUUGACAAAAUCUGCAAGUCUGCAAGACACUGAAUCAGAGCAACCCUGAAAGGUGUGACCAGCAAAACGGCCAAAUAAACUGUACAACGCUUUUGCUGAAGAACAUGAGCAAAUGGGCAGAUAUACUUAAAGGGCAAAUACUCGUAUUUCUUGAAGGAACACCAGCUAAGUUUCAAAUUCAACCCAUUUUUCAACUCUAAAAAUUUAUUAUUUUUUUAAAAAGUUUAACAUAAUAAGAUUCAUUUGCUUAACAGAUCAGUAGUUUGUCCAUUCAAAUCUGAAUAAAUACAAAGUAUAAAUCAAAACUAUUAUAAAUUAUAAAUACAAACUAUUUUUGAAAACAUUGACUCUGUUAAGCAUCAUAUGACAAACAUUUAUUUUAAGUGCAACUACUGAAGCUAUAUACAGUAGGCCUAGAAUAUAAAUAAUAAUAGUAAGUAAAUAAUAAUAAUAUAUAUAUAUAUAUAGACAAACUCGCAAUUGCUACUAGAAAAAAUGUCCGAAUUGUGAGAGAAAAAAAAUCUGCAAUAAGAUCUUUUUUUAUUUCAUGGUGGAAAUGCGCUUCCAUAAAAUUACCUAUGAUUAUUAAAACAAAUGAAUUUUAAGAACAAAUUCUUUAUUUUCCUACAUUGUCAAUGUUUCCUACCUCACACUAGAUGUCUUAACAAUAUCUAACAUAAGGAUUCAUUUUUGAAGUGCGUUGAAAGGGAUAUUUUAUAGACUAAAAACAUUAAAACACUAAUAUACUGUACACCUGGCACCGUUUGUGAAUGUGUUUAGCAUUUGUUUUCGACUCGUAAUACCACUUUUUAAUAUGAAAAAUAUAUUUGUUCUUAUUAUUGAGUUACUUUUGUCAUGACUUAUUAGUUAUUUUCUGUUACAUAGUCUAAAAACAUAAACUUUUUUUUCAUUUUUUAUCUACGUAUCAUAUUUGUGGCCUUCUGAAAUUGUUUUUGCCCUUUUAUACUGUUCACACAGUAUAUAUUCUGUAUUUGGAUUUUCAGUGUGCUGAAUGAUGUUACAUACUUGGCAGUCUCAAAAUAUCCAUUAAAAUGAAUAAUUUAAACCAUAGA